CUAUUAUUAAACAGAGUAAUAAAAUAAUACUUUCUUUCCUUUUCUCUUUCUCUCUCUCUCUCUCUUUUUUUUCAUAUAUAUAUUUAUAAAAUGCUAAUGGUUAAGGAUAUUAUCGAACCCAUACCUACUACAGAAACAAUUGACGAAGAUGAAAUUAAACAAGUAAGCUGCAAUGUGUAUGUCUGUAUCUAUCUAUCCUAAUGACAUAUGAUAGAUUAUCUAUAUUUUACCUAUCGAUCCCCGGACAAAUAGAAUUAUGCUUACAUCGCUAAUAAAUAAAGAAGAAGAAAAAUGGGCUUUGCCAAAAUGUGAAGUAGAUAGUUAUACACAUCAAGAGGCAGAUGUUCAUAGAGAAACAUAUGAAGAAGCGGGUGUAAAAGGACAAAUUAUUGGAGUAGUUGGAUCAUUUUAUGAAUCUGAUAAAAGUGGACAAAAAAUAAAAGCACAUAUUAGAGUUUAUGAACUUCAAGUAGAUGAAAUAUUCAAAAAAUGGCCAGAAAAAAAGAAAAGAGACCGAAGAUGGUUUUCUUUAGAAGAAAUUCUAAGUAUUUUUGCAAAGAAACCCUUUUUGAUCCAAUCUAUUCGCAUGUCUUCUUUAAAUAGCGGACUUGUUUCAAAUUGAAAAUAAAAAUAAAAAAAAAUAAAAUAAAAUAAAAAAUUUAAU